AUGCCAGGUCUUCCAACUAGCAUCGACUUGGACGAGUGCAUCGAACGGAUCUACAAACGUGAACUGCUGGCAGAUUCAGUUAUUGAGGCGAUAUGCUCCAAGGCGAAGGAGCUGCUGAUGAAAGAGAGUAAUGUCGUACACAUUGCUGCUCCCGUCACCGUUGUCGGCGACAUUCACGGCCAGUUUUACGACCUGAUUGAGAUCUUCAAGAUCGGGGGAUUCUGUCCAAAUACGAAUUACCUCUUUCUCGGCGACUAUGUCGAUCGAGGACUCUUCAGCGUGGAGACAAUUUCCUUGCUUAUCUGUUUAAAACUCAGAUACCCUGAAAGAGUGCAUCUUAUCCGGGGAAACCAUGAAUCGCGAGGCGUCACACAGUCCUACGGCUUCUACACCGAAUGCGCUCGCAAGUACGGAAAUGCUAAUGUCUGGCAUUACUUUACCGACAUGUUCGACUUUUUAACCCUAAGCGUGGUAAUAAACAACCAGAUAUUCUGCGUUCACGGUGGCCUCUCCCCAUCCAUUCACUCGAUAGACCAGAUUAAGAUCAUCGACCGGUUCCGCGAGAUACCUCAUGAGGGCCCCAUGGCUGACCUGGUCUGGUCCGAUCCAGACACAGAGCGAGAUGAGUUUUCCUUAUCUCCUAGGGGCGCAGGGUACACUUUUGGAGCACAGGUGGUCAAGAAGUUUUUAGAAGUGAAUAGCAUGUCUCACAUAUUACGCGCACAUCAGCUAUGUCAAGAAGGCUACCAGGUGCUCUACGACGAUCGGCUAAGUACCGUGUGGAGCGCACCGAAUUAUUGUUAUCGAUGUGGGAAUUUAGCAAGCGUCCUAGAAGUCAGUGACACCGGCGAACGGUUCUUCAACAUCUUCGAUGCGGCACCGGAAAAUAAUGACGUUCACCGCGGAGAUCAGUCGAACCAGCAAGGGAAAGACGGACAGAAUCCUGUUAUUGAAUAUUUCCUAUGA